AAAGAAAAAAAAAAGAUUGAGUUUAAAGUAAAAGAAAAAGGAAAGAGAAAAACAAAUGCAACUUAAAAGAAUUGGAAUAAGAGAAGAGAGGGUUGUGAUCAACUGGCAGUAGGGUGUAGCAAAAAGAAUUGAUGAAGGGGCGAGUGAGACAGUGGGCGGUGUAAAGCAAUGGCGCUCUCGGCGUCUGACCUACCGGCCAUGUUCUCGUUGCUGACCAACUCAUUGAGCAGGGAUGACAGUGUCCGGAAACCGGCAGAGGCGGCGCUCUCUCAGUCGGAAGCGAGGCCUGGUUUCUGCUCUUGUCUCAUGGAAGUCAUAACAGCCAAGGAUUUGGCACCUCAUGUAGAUGUUCGCUUGAUGGCUUCGGUGUAUUUCAAAAACAGUAUUAAUCGUUACUGGAGGCACCGCCGUGAUUCCUCGGGAAUUAGCCACGAGGAGAAACUAUAUCUCAGACAGAAACUCUUAUCACACUUCCGAGAAGAGAACAAUCAGAUAGCGCAAAUGUUGGCUGUGCUUGUUUCCAAAAUUGCUCGUAUAGAUUACCCGAAAGAAUGGCCUGAGCUCUUUUCUGAUUUAGCACAGAAGCUUCAAUCAGCAGAUAUUCUUUCUUCCCACAGAAUUUUUUUGACCCUCUUUCGAACCUUGAAGGAGUUGUCCACUAAGCGUCUUAUCUCAGACCAAAAGAACUUUGCAGAGAUAUCAGCCCGAUUCUUUGAUUAUAGCUGGCACCUUUGGCAGACGGAUGUGCAAACGUUGUUGCAUGGUUUUUCUACAUUUUCUCAAAGCUACAACUCAAGUACAUUGGAGCAGCAUCACGAUGAUCUUUAUCUAACGUGUGAGCGAUGGCUGUUGUGCCUAAAGAUAAUACGCCAAUUAAUAAUUUCAGGGUUUCCAAGUGAUGCAAAAUGUGUACAGGAGGUCCGACCAGUCAUGGAGGUCUCGCCCAUGCUCCUGAAUGCCAUUCAGUCAUUUCUCCCAUACUAUUCAUCUUUUCAGAAAGGACAUCCUAAAUUUUUGGACUUCCUAAAGAGGGCUUGUACUAAACUGAUGAAGGUGUUAAUUGCACUUCAGGGCAGGCAUCCCUAUUCAUUUAGUGAUAAAUGCGUCCUUCCGGUUGUACUGGAUUUCUGUUUACAGAAGAUAACACAUCCUGAUCCAGAUGUAUUAUCCUUUGAGCAGUUUCUGAUUCAAUGUAUGGUAAUGAUCAAAUCUGUAUUAGAAUGUAAAGAGUACAAGCCAAGUCUCACUGGUAGGGUGAUGGAUGAAAAUGGGGUUACCCUGGAGCAAAUAAAGAAAAAUAUAUCUGGUGCUGUCAGUGGCAUCCUGACUUCCCUUAUGACAAGUGAACGCAUUAUAGUCUUGUGUAAUAUACUGAUAAGAAGGUAUUUUGUUCUAACACCAAGUGAUUUGGAAGAGUGGUACCAGAAUCCUGAAUCUUUUCAUCAUGAGCAGGACAUGGUUCAGUGGACAGAAAAAUUAAGGCCAUGUGCUGAAGCUCUAUACAUUGUUCUUUUUGAAAACCACAGCCAGCUCCUAGGCCCCGUUGUGGUUUCCAUCCUUCAAGAGGCAAUGAAUGGCUGCCCAACUUCAGUGACCGAAAUCACUCCAGGGUUGCUUCUUAAAGAUGCUGCUUAUGGUGCUGCUGCAUAUGUUUACUACGAACUCUCAAAUUACCUGAGCUUUAAAGAUUGGUUUAAUGGUGCAUUAUCCCUUGAACUCUCAAAUGAUCAUCCAAAUAUGCGUAUCAUCCAUCGGAAAGUUGCACUAAUUUUGGGACAAUGGGUUUCUGAGAUUAAAGAGGACACGAAGAGGCCAGUUUACUGUGCUUUAAUUCGCUUACUACAGGACAAAGACCUGUCUGUCAGGCUGGCAGCCUGUAGGUCUCUGUGUUCACAUAUUGAAGAUGCUAGCUUUUCCGAAGGAGAAUUCGUCGAUCUUCUUCCUAUAUGUUGGGACUCAAGUUUUAGGUUGAUUGAGGAGGUUCAGGAGUUUGACUCGAAGGUUCAGGUUUUGAACUUGAUUUCUGUUCUCAUUGGACACGUGAGUGAAGUUAUUCCGUUCGCAGACAAGCUUGUUCUAUUUUUUCAGAAGGUUUGGGAGGAAUCUUCUGGUGAAUGCCUUCUGCAGAUUCAACUUCUCAUUGCAUUGAAGAACUUUGUGGUCGCACUUGGAUACCAAUCACCGCUCUGCUACAACAUAUUGCUGCCUGUUCUGCAAAAGGGAAUUGAUAUAAAUAGCCCUGAUGAACUCAAUCUUCUAGAGGAUAGCAUGAUGUUAUGGGAAGCAACACUUUCUCAAGCCCCCUCAAUGGUGCCUCAACUGCUAGCAUACUUCGCGUGCCUAGUUGAGAUUCUGGAAAGAAGUUUUGAUCACUUGCAGGUUGCUGUCACUAUAAUUGAAGAUUACAUCAUCUUAGGCGGAUCGGAAUUUCUGAGUAUGCAUGCAUCAAGUGUUGCCAACAUACUAGAUCUGGUUGUUGGAAAUGUCAAUGAUAGAGGACUUCUUUCAACUCUUCCUGUUAUUGAUAUUCUAAUACAGUGUUUCCCUACAGAAGUACCACAGUUGAUCAGCAGUUCAUUACAAAAAUUAAUUGUUAUAUGUAUGACUGGAGCUGAUGACCGAGAUCCUUCUAAGGCCACUGUUAAAGCAUCUUCUGCUGCCAUAUUGGCAAGAAUAUUGGUUAUGAAUACCAAUUACCUAGCACACUUGACAUCCGAGCCAUCGCUUUUGUUACUCCUUCAAAAGUCGGGUGUCCCAAUUGAGGAAAAUAUACUUCUUUGUCUCGUCGACAUAUGGCUUGACAAGAUAGAUAAUGUAUCAUCUGUCCAAAGGAAGACUUAUGGCUUAGCUCUUUCUAUAAUGUUGACACUAAGACUUCCUCAAGUGCUCGAUAAACUUGAUCAGAUUCUAAGUGUGUGUACGACUGUAAUUUUGGGUGUGAAUGAUGACUUAGUAGAGGAGUCCAGUGGUGAUAGUAUAAGCUCCAGUGGGUCUCUUAGUAAGGACAGCAUCCCGAGUAAAGAAAUGCGAAGAAGACAGGUCAAGUUUUCAGACCCUAUAAACCAAAUGUCUCUAGAGGAUUCAGUAAGGGAAAACCUUCAGACUUGUGCUGCUCUUCAUGGAGAAUCUUUUAGUAAGGCCAUCGGUAACAUGCAUCCCUCAGCCCUUACACAGUUGAAGCAGGCAUUAAAGAUGGCGUAGCUGGCUUUCAUAUCCAUGGUGGUGUAUGUUAAGGCCCUUCAAGUUUUCCCUGUUCUCCGAUGUGAGGCAAUAUAGGGUGAGUUCUUUAACAAUUAUAACUGUGCUUUGUCUAUAUGGCUCA